CUGAACGAUUCGAAUCGCGAUUUGAAGGUGGACGGGCAGGAGGUGCCUCUGAAAUACGACGUGUCCAGCCUCCCCAUGGAGGUCGAGGGGAAGGAGGUCCCCGAAGACGAAGACGCGAAGGAGCAGAAGAACGCGGUGUACCUGGCGUCGGGGCCCGCGGGCGAUCCCCGCUUCGAGCGGUUCGUGCCGUACGAGGGGUGUCUGUCCAAUGUGGAGGUGAUCUUCCCCGGGUAUUCGAUCGACAUCAUCCAGGAGUUCCUGGAGAUGAAGAACGGAGAGCCCCUGGAGGGGAUGAAGGAGUCCGCCUGCGGCUCGCCCCCGUCCCGUCGGGGCAACGGCCAUCAGGAACCGAACUCCCGCUCCGGCGACGUCCAUCUCAGCCUCCAGGUAUGGGACGUAAGGAGGGAAAGGGGUAAGGUGGGGUAA